AUGUCAGACGACCUAAAUGGCGAGCUACGUUCCUCGAAUAUGCUGCCGGUGUUCAUUCAGGACAUGAACAAUUUGGCGCUGUCGGAGACCACGCCCGUCGGAGCUGAGGUGUACACUCUGCAGGGGACAGACCCUGAGGGGUUCCCAAUCAAAUACGGUUUAGUUGGAACGGAUAAAUUCGUUGUCAACUCUACUACCGGUGUCGUUACACUGAAUCGACCAUUGGAUAGAGAAGUGGAAGAUACGAUCAAGUUCCUAGUAUCGAUAGAAGAUCAGAACCCAGAUCGUGCGCAGAAUCAGGUCCUGUCACAACCGGUCACCGUCAUCGUAUUGGAUGAAAAUGACAAUCCACCGAUAUUCAAAAAUAGUCCAUACGAAGUUGAUGUUCCAGAAGACGAAGACGUUGGUAAAACAAUCCUGACCAACAUUUAUGUAGAAGAUAAGGAUUCAGUUGGUGAUAACUUAGAAGUUGGGUGUAUGAGCGACCAGUGGAGUGAAGCGUGCGAGACUUUUGACGUGGUGUCUCUGAACUCGUCGUCCAAUCAUUACACCGGUGCUUUGGUGCUGAAGAAGAAACUCAAUUACAACGAGAAACAGUUCUACCAGUUCCAGUUGUACGCUACUGAUGGUACCCUCAACUCAACAGCCCAUGUGGAAGUAAAAGUGGUGGAUGUUCAGGACUCUCCCCCUGUGUUCAGUGGCUCUCUUACUGGAGCUCUAUCUGAAGAUACACCAGUUGGUACCCUCGUGUUGACCAUCAAAGCCAGGGAUGCGGAUAGAGCUCAACCACGGGAUGUGCGACUGGAAUUAGUAACUAAUCCGUUAGACUUCUUCCUUCUGGACAGCGUGACGGGAGAAUUACGUACAGCCAAACCUCUGGACAGAGAAGCAUUAGCUGAUCCUUCAUCACCACUAAACCUGACAGUUAGAGCAACGGAAGUAGUGAACGGCGUACCCCUAAUCUCGGAGCUGACCUCAACCCUCGCCACAGUCACCGUGACCAUCAAGGACGUGAAUGAUGAACCCCCUCGCUUCAACAGACGGGAGUAUAUGAUAGAAAUUCCGGAGAGUCUCCCAGUGGGGACGCCACUACCCAAUUUGGACAUGGUGGUCACAGAUACUGAUGUUGGUCUGAACUCUGCAUUCUCCUUACGUCUGUCUGACGAGUUUGGAGCGUUCAUAGUGGAACCAUCCACAGCUACCGGCAGUGCAUCUGUCACGCUGCGACUUAAUUCUACCCUUGAUUAUGAAGACCCUAACCAGAGGAAGUUCAUAUUAGAGGUGAUAGCUGAAGAGCUCCACACAAACCCUCGUCUGUCAUCUAAAGCUAGUGUGACAAUCACACUAACAGAUGUUAAUGAUAAUGCCCCUGAGUUCGCUGAAGAACCGUACUCGGCCAGCGUGGCUGAGAAUGCGCCUGAAGGGACCAGAGUUGCUGUUCUAAGAGCAACCGAUAGGGAUACUGGCAGAUUUGGUACUGAAGGGAUAGUCUACGAAUUGUCCGGAAACGGCGCUGAGUUGUUUAGAGUGGAUAAUAGAAGUGGCGUGAUAACAGUGGCCGCCUGUCCCACGCCUGGACUACCGCCCUGCCUGGACUACGAGACUAGGAAAGACUACUUUUUACAAAUGAAGGCGACAGAUAACGACGGCAAUGGACAGUCGACAGUGAUAUCCCUUCAGAUAGCUGUUACGGAUUCCAAUGAUAACCCGCCGGUGUUCACCACGCCUGUCUACAAGGCUUCCAUAGAUGAAGAUGCUGUCAAGUUCGAACCUGAACUACAGGUACAAGCGCGUGACGUGGACGUAUCAUCAGAAAUUCAUUACUCGAUCAUCGAACCUGAGACCCAUCCAUUCUGGAUCGAUCCACUCAACGGCAGGAUACUGGUUCGCUCGGAAUCAGGUGUGGUGGCUCCGCCUGGUGACGACAAUCAUAUAAUACUUACGGUUUUGGCUACAGAUGGCGUUCAUAACGCAACGUGUAAAGUCGAGAUUGCUGUCCGAGACGUGAAUAACCAUGCUCCUGCCUUCGACCUUGUAGAAUACGACGCCAAUGUCUCCGAAGACGCACCUAUUGGUACGGAAGUGGCAGCGGUUCGAGCCACAGAUAAAGACAGUGGUGUGAAUGCAGAUAUAAAGUAUACCAUACAGAAAGGUGCACUGGACUCGUUUGCUAUUGACAACAUCACUGGCGUUGUGACAGUCUCAUCAAUGCUGGAUUAUGACAAACGGGACACGUUUAAAAUACAAAUCAUCGCUGCUGAUAUGGGUAUGCCUAGUCUUACCGGCACCACAGAACUUACAGUCCACAUAUUAAACGUCAACGACAAGAAACCUUACUUUACCCCGAGUAUCCAGCGGGCGGAGGUGUCAGCUGACGCGGAGCAGGGCACCCUGGUGCACCACCUCCUCGCUGUGGACCCUGAUAUAACUGACGAUGGACAGCUGGUGUUCGAACAGGCUGCAGAUAAGCUUAUAAAAGCUGUCGAUAAAAACGGCAAAGAGGUGUCAGAAGAAGGUAUCUUCGGGUCGUGGUUCUCAGUUAACUACAACGGCACUGUUACCGUCUCCCAGCACUUGGAUCGCGAGAGGGCUGCAGUGUUGACUCUACCCGUCAGGGUCACUGAUGCAUCAGCUCCUACCCUGCAGCAGACUGAUGGUGAAUUAAUAAUCACAAUAGUGGAUGUGAACCGUCACGCGCCCACCUUCACUCAGCCGGCGUACGUGGAGAGACUAGUGGAGGAGCAGCCAGUUGGUACCGUCCUCAAUACGUACACAGCCACUGAUAAGGAGACUCCGAUAUCAGCUAUACUGAUUCAGCCAUCCAGUCCGUACUUUGAAAUAGAUAAUAUUACAGGUGUAGUGAAAUCGACACAACGAAUCGAUUACGAAACGAUCCAUAAUAUAAAUUUCACGCUGGUCGCCAUCGACUCCGGAGUCCCGCAGUUGUCUACCACCGCUCUGGUGACCGUCGAAGUGGUCAACAUUAACGAUGAGGAGCCAGUGUUCGCCGCGGAAGCAUAUGACGCUACCGUCCCGGAGCACAGCCCCCCUGGGACUAGGGUGGUCACAGUCAAUGCUGUCGAUAAAGAUGAAGGAGUAUUCGGCGAUGUAACGUACAGCCUCUCCGGUGAUUUGUCAUCAUUGUUCACCAUCAACUCGACCAGCGGUGUGGUGACCGUAGCAGAGGACGCUGUGAUUGACCGCGAGAACACCACGGACAUCUGGCUGAGGGCUGUCGCGAGUGAUAGUGCGCCGGCGCAAGUCAGGAAAUCUACUAGUGUACCGAUCCACAUAAAAGUACUGGACAUCAAUGAUAAUCCACCAGUCUUCAGUCAGAAGGUAUAUAAAAGUACAAUAGCUGAAAACCUUCGUUUGGACCCCCCAGCUGCCAUACUGCAAGUGUUAGCAGAGGAUAAGGACGAAGGUGUCAAUGGAAGAGUGGAAUAUAAGAUUGUAGAGCAGAGUGAGACAGGAACAUUCUCCGUUGAUCCCACAAGUGGUAUAAUAUACCCAGCUCAACCAGUCAGAGGCAACACCUCUUACCACCUGACGGUGACAGCUACAGACGAGGGUGGGAACGGAAUCCAUUUUGAUACAGCAAGAGUAGACAUCACCGUACUCAGUGUUAACAAACAUAGCCCAGUGUUCGUGGAACCACCUGCAGAGCAACGGCAGUUGGAAAUACCUGAGAAUGCAGCACAAGCAGACUACCUGAUCACAACAAUAAAGGCAACAGACGAAGAUGAUGGGGAAAAUGGACGUGUCUCAUACUACCUAAAGGUGGACAAUCAGAAUGUAGGGGAGACGCAGGAGUUUAGCCUGGACAGUGACUCUGGAGAGCUCAGGACUAAGACCUUCUUGGAUAGAGAACAUAAGUCUGAAUAUCAGCUGGUAAUAGUUGCAGUGGAUAAUGGUACUCCUGCGCAAUUUGAGAGCCUGCGUCUGCUGACUGUGGUGUUGGCGGAUGAUAACGACAACAUUCCAAGGUUCCAACACGCGCAGCACAACUUCAGCAUCAGGGAGAACUUGCCACCUGGUGUUAUUAUUGGAUCCGUCAAAGCCACUGACAAAGACUCUGGAGAAAAUGGCAAAGUGUACUACCAUGUACUGGAUGGUAAUGAAGAUGGCGCGUUCACAGUGGACAGAACGCAAGGCGUCAUUCGAGCUAACAUAAGUUUUGACAGGGAGAAGAAAUCUGAUUAUGCCUUAACUAUAUACGCAAGCAACAAUCCUCUACUAGAGCACAGUGUGGCCAUAUUCAAUUCGCUGGAAAAUACCACAGAAACAAUGAAUAGCGUGACCAAUGUCAGUGUGAAGGUGUUGGACCAGAAUGAUAACGAGCCUAAGUUCGAGCAGAAGGUUUACUAUGCUGGUGUAAAGCACACAGCGCGCAUCAACGAACCAAUCAUAUCUGUGAUGGCUGAAGACCCAGACUUGGAUGAGAACGGUACCCUCAUAUACAUCGUGGCUGCCUCAAACCUAUACAAAUUCGGGGCUUCUAAAUCUAGCGGCAGUGUGGUACCAUCACCGUUCAAUAUAAGUCAAGAAGGUGUCCUCAUGACGGCUCACUACAUGUCGGAGUACAAUCAGGAUCGGUUCGUGCUGGACAUCAUUGCGCAGGAGCUCGCGCCACCACACCGACAGGCUAAAGCACAAGUAUUUGUGAUGAAACCGGUUACACGAUCGCAUGGUGGUGUCCGAUCAGCGCGUCGCUCGGCGCCGCGCGCGCUGCUCGUGCCCGCGCGCCGCCUGCCGCUAGUACGACACGUGUAUUUAUGUGGUCAACCGCACUACGGCGGCGCGCGCGCUCUAGUGCCCGCGCGCCGCCUGUGGCACGCCGACACGCGCUACGACGACUGGUCAUCUCAGCACUACGACGACUGGUCAUCCGCACGUCCGCAGCGCGCCGCCUGGGUGAUACGACGACGGUCGUCGCUGAUCCGCAUGGUGGUGCGCGCCGCCUGCCCACUACGGCGGCCGCGCGCGCUGCUCGCGCGCGCCGCCUCCGCUAGGCACGCCGCGCGCGACGACUGGUCAGUAUCUCAGCACUACGACGACUGGUCGCGCGCCGCGCGCGCUGCUCGUGCCCGCGCGCCGCCUGCCGCUAGUGCACGCCGACACGCGCUACGACGACUGGUCAGUAUCUCAGCACUACGACGACUGGUCAGUAUCUCAGCACUACGGCGGCCGCGCGCGCUGCUCGUGCCCGCGCGCCGCCUGCCGCUAGUGCACGCCGACACGCGCUACGACGACUGGUCAGUAUCUCAGCACUACGACGACUGGUCAGUAUCUCAGCACUACGGCGGCCGCGCGGGUUAUCUCAGCACUACGGCGGCCGCGCGCGCUGCUCGGGCCCGCGCGCCGCCUGCCGCUAGUGCACGCCGACACGCGCUACGACGACUGGUCAGUAUCUCAGCACUACGACGACUGGUCAGUAUCUCAGCACUACGGCGGCCGCGCGCGCGCGCGCCGCUCGUGCCCGCGCGCCGCCUGCCGCUAGUGCACGCCGACACGCGCUUCGACGACUGGUCAGUAUCUCAGCACUACGACGACUGGUCAGUAUCUCAGCACUACGGCGGCCGCGCGCGCUCGUGCCCGCGCGCCGCGCGCCGCCUGCCGCUGGUCAGUGCACGACACGCGCUGGUCAGUAUCUCAGCACUACGACGACUGGUCAGUAUCUCAGCACUACGCGCCGCGCGCGCUGCUCGUGCCCGCGCGCCGCCUGCCGCUAGUGCACGCCGACACGCGCUACGACGACUGGUCAGUAUCUCAGCACUACGACGACUGGUCAGUAUCUCAGCACUACGGCGGCCGCGCGCGCUGCUCGUGCCCGCGCGCCGCCUGCCGCAAGUGCACGCCGUCACGCGCUACGACGACUGGUCAGCUCGCGCGCGCUGGUCAGUAUCUCAGCACUACGCGCGCGCGCCUGCCCGCGCGCCGCCUGCCGCUAGUGCACGCCGACACGCGCUACGACGACUGGUCAGUAUCUCAGCACUACGACGACUGGUCAGUAUCUCAGCACUACGGCGGCCGCGCGCGCUGCUCGUGCCCGCGCGCCGCCUGCCGCUAGUGCACGCCGACACGCGCUACGACGACUGGUCAGUAUCUCAGCACUACGACGACUGUAUCUCAGCACUACGGCGGCCGCGCGCGCUGCUCGUGCCCGCGCGCCGCCUGCCGCUAGUGCACGCCGACACGCGCUACGACGACUGGUCAGUAUCUCAGCACUACGACGACUGGUCAGUAUCUCAGCACUACGGCGGCCGCGCGCGCUGCGUGCCCGCGCGCCGCCUGCCGCUAGUGCACGCCGACACGCGCUACGACGACUGGUCAGUAUCUCAGCACUACGUCGACUGGUCUGCUAGUGCACGCCGACACGCGCUACGACGACUGGUCAGUAUCUCAGCACUACGACGACUGGUCAGUAUCUCAGCACUACGGCGGCCGCGCGCGCUGCUCGUGCCCGCGCGCCGCCUGCCGCUAGUGCACGCCGACACGCGCUACGACGACUGGUCAGCACUACGACGACUGGUCAGUAUCUCAGCACUACGGCGGCCGCGCGCGCUGCUCGUGCCCGCGCGCCGCCUGCCGCUAGUGCUCGCCGACUCGCGCUACGACGACUGGUCAGUAUCUCAGCACUACGGCGGCCGCGCGCGCUGCUCGUGCCCGCGCGCCGCCUGCCCACUACGGCGGCCGCGCGCGCUGCUCGUGCCCGCGCGCCGCCUGCCGCUAGUGCACGCCGACACGCGCUACGACGACUGGUCAGUAUCUCAGCACUACGACGACUGUAUCUCAGCACUACGGCGGCCGCGCGCGCUGCUCGUGCCCGCGCGCCGCCUGCCGCUAGUGCACGCCGACACGCGCUACGACGACUGGUCAGUAUCUCAGCACUACGACGACUGGUCAGUAUCUCAGCACUACGACGACUGGUCAGUAUCUCAGCACUACGGCGGCCGCGCGCUGCUCGUGCCCGCGCGCCGCCUGCCGCUAGUGCACGCCGACACGCGCUACGACGACUGUAUCUCAGCACUACGGCGGCCGCGCGCGCUGCUCGUGCCCGCGCGCCGCCUGCCGCUAGUGCACGCCGACACGCGCUACGACGACUGGUCACUCAGCACUACGACGACUGGUCAGUAUCUCGACGACUGGUCAGUAUCUCACUACGCCGACGCGCUACGACGACUGGUCAGUAUCUCAGCACUACGACGACUGGUCAGUAUCUCAGCACUACGGCGGCCGCGCGCGCUGCUCGUGCCCGCGCGCCGCCUGCCGCUAGUGCACGCCGACACGCGCUACGACGACUGGUCAGUAUCUCAGCACUACGACGACUGCACUACGGCGGCCGCGCGCGCUGCUCGUGCCCGCGCGCCGCCUGCCGCUAGUGCACGCCGACACGCGCUACGACGACUGGUCAGUAUCUCAGCACUACGACGACUGGUCAGUAUCUCAGCACUACGGCGGCCGCGCGCGCUGCUCGUGCCCGCGCGCCGCCUGCCGCUAGUGCACGCCGACACGCGCUACGACGACUGGUCAGUAUCUCAGCACUACGACGACUGGUCAGUAUCUCAGCACUACGACGACUGGUCAGUAUCUCAGCACUACGACGACUGCACUACGGCGGCCGCGCGCGCUGCUCGUGCCCGCGCGCCGCCUGCCGCUAGUGCACGCCGACACGCGCUACGACGACUGGUCAGUAUCUCAGCACUACGACGACUGGUCAGUAUCUCAGCACUACGGCGGCCGCGCGCGCUGCUCGUGCCCGCGCGCCGCCUGCCGCUAGUGCACGCCGACACGCGCUACGACGACUGGUCAGUAUCUCAGCACUACGACGACUGGUCAGUAUCUCAGCACUUACGGCGGCCGCGCGCGCUGCUCGUGCCCGCGCGCCGCCUGCCGCUAGUGCACGCCGACACGCGCUACGACGACUGGUCAGUAUCUCAGCACUACGACGACUGUAUCUCAGCACUACGGCGGCCGCGCGCGCUGCUCGUGCCCGCGCGCCGCCUGCCGCUACACGCCGACACGCGCUACGACGACUGGUCAGUAUCUCAGCACUACGACGACUGGUCACUCAGCACUACGGCGCGCGCGCGCGCUGCUCGUGCCCGCGCGCCGCCUCCGCUAGUGCACGCCGACACGCGCUACGACGACUGGUCAGUAUCUCAGCACUACGACGACUGUAUCUCAGCACUACGACGACUGGUCAGUAUCUCAGCACUACGGCGGCCGCGCGCGCUGCUCGUGACCGCGCGCCGCCUGCCGCUCGUGCACGCCGACACGCGCUACGACGACUGGUGUGAAAUCCACCUGCACGCGGUAGACCCGACCUCGUACCAAGUUCUGCCAGUAGAGCAAGUUCUGGAGACAAUCGAUUCUAAAUAUGAUGAACUUAAGGACGUGUACCAAGAAUAUGGGGUUGAGACCCUUAUCGCUGCUAGUGCUACAUCCAAAGCUCCGGACAGCUUCGAUCCAGCGCUGGCAGCGCUGAUAGCGUUACUCAUAGUGCUGUUCACCGGUAUAGUCACAUUUAUCGUGGUCUGCGCGUGUUUGAAACACUGGGUAAUACCUCCACCAUCGAUGCCGUCCAGCAAAGGCGACAGUCUCGCCCGGCGGAGGAUACUCGAGGAGUUGAGUACGACGGAGAACCCGCUCUGGCUGGAGACGAAACUGCGACCCUACGAGGAGCAGGAGCUCACCAUGAACGUGUUCGGAGAUCAGAACGAGCAGGGAAACGCUGAUCAGCCACAGACGGACAAUACGUACGCAACGAUACAAGGCAGUCGGACUACAGAGAGGUUCGGUGAUUACGCGACUCUCGGUGGCGAUUCGCCCACCCCACUAGAAGCUGCGUUGGGUUUCCAGGGGAGUACCUUCAAACCACCAUCACCAAGCACACCGGAGCCUCCGCCACGUCCGUCAGGUUUGGGAUCACUAUGAUGUGUGGUAGAUGACUAACGUGAAAUACGUGAAACUCUAAUAUCAAUAAUGUGAAACACGUGAAACUACUGCAUCACUAACGUGAAACACGUGAAACUACUACAUCACUAGCGUGAAACACGUGAAACUACUCCAAGACUAACGUGAAAAUGCAAACUUUAUAUCAUAUUAGGUAAUUACCUAUGAGAUUUAUACGAACAUAGACAUUUUAGUGUUGCGAAACGAACGUUUUAAGACAUGUCUAUUAUUAUUAAAUCUAAUCGAAAUGACCAACGUGAAACUGCACGAACUAUAUGAACGUAUAAGUAAACUGACUUCUGUGAAUUACACGAAUAUAGACUUUAUUAAUAUGAAUUAAAGAACAUUUUAGGUUAUGUAUAUUAUUAAAUUAAAUGUAAUUAAUGAAAGGGAAAAUCGUGACGACAUAUGACUCACGUGAACUGUAUGUGUUU